AUGUGUCCCGCCCUUACCGAAACAGUGAUUUACGUUAUCAUUAACGACGACAAGAAUGAAGUAGCCAACAAGAGUAUAACGAGCUCCUUGGAAACGUUGAAAAAAACCUAUCCAGGAUACUUGGGAGAAAUCUAUGUAGUCAAUGUUGAGAGUACUGAGUUUGAAAGUACGAAAGAUCGCAUUUGUGGAUUAUGGAAUUCUAUUCUUAAAGAUGGACAAAGUGGACCAAAAGUUCCGGAUUUAGUACUGGACACGACGAGAACUGGAUUAGCUACGGAAGCAGUCAAUGCCAUCACUGCUGCACUUGGUUUACCCACUGUUUCUGGCGUAUUUGGACAAAAAGGUGAUCUAGGACGAUGGAGAUUUUUGACUUCAGAUCAAAAGGGUUAUUUAAUACAAGUUAUGCCGCCAGCUGAUCUCGUCCCAGAAAUUAUCAAGGAACUGUGCUUGAAAACGAUAGAGACUAGAGCUGAAACAAAUAAAUCAAUCGACAAUGCAAUGAUUCUUUUCAACAAAGAUUUUGUAGUGGAUCAUAAGUACAAAAGUCUCCUGCUAAAUGUACCAACACGUCAUGUAAUGGUAGAUAUUGAAAAUGACGAGGCAAAGGCAAGUAAACAAAUUGUCAGACUUAGAGACUUAGAUAUUGUCCAUUUCUUUAUUUUGGGCAACGAACAAACGAUUUGCAUGGCUUUAAAGAUAGCGGAGUCUCAAAAUUACACUGGUCGAUUUUACUCUUGGUACAUGAUAACUCUUGAUGAUUUUACACCGAUUUGUGAAAGGAACAAUAUUUCUCUUAUGUUUAUCAAGCCGGAGACGAUUAUUCAAUCACGCUUAGAUGCAAUUAAAUCUAAAAAUCUGCUCAAGCCUUUAAUAAGUUCUGCCUUUUACUAUGACUUGACACGCAUCGCCGUCCUAGGAAUGAAAGUGGCUAUUGAUUCUGGAAAAUGGUCUAGUCAAGAAGGUCACAUUACUUGUGAAGAAUUCAACACUGGUAAAAAGACUACACCGGUUAGAAACUUUAAUUUCUUACCGUUACUUAAGGCUGAAACGAUGAGUAAAAAUUUUACAUCAACUUAUGCAGAUUUUUAUUGGGGUAAUGAAAAUGGGGAACACAGAAUGGAAUUUAAUAUGGCUGUUAGCAUUGUAGAUAUUCGUCAAAAAGUAGUCACAAAAAACAAAGAAAUCGCUAAGUGGCCAGUCGACAAUACGAAAGAGUUAAAUAUAGAAAAGGACGAAUUGGCGAAUCAUACUGCAAAAUUGAGCUACCGAGUGGUGACGGUUAUUCAAAAGCCUUUUGUAAUGUACGAUAAAAAAAAUGGAUGGACUGGAUAUUGCAUGGAUCUUCUGCACGAAAUCAGGAAUACGUCUGGGAUUGAUUUUGAAUACACAAUUGAAGAAGUCGCUGAUAAAGAAUACGGGAAUAUGAAUGAAAACGGAGAAUGGAAUGGAAUGAUCAAAGAGCUCAAAGACAAGAAGGCUGACAUUGCCCUAGGGACAUUGGCAGUAAUGGCUGAAAGAGAAAAUGUUGUUGACUAUACUGUUCCGUAUUAUGAUCUUGUUGGCGUCACUAUUUUGAUGCUUAAAUCUCGAGCCAGGUCUUCACUCUUCAAAUUUCUUACGGUUUUGGAAGGAGAUGUCUGGCUGUGUAUUAUGGCUGCGUACUUUUUUACAAGCUUCUUGUUGUGGAUAUUUGAUAGAUUCUCGCCUUAUAGUUACCAGAAUAAUCGGGAAAUGUAUAAAGAUAGUUUGGAGAAACGAGUAUUUACGCUUAAAGAGUGUCUCUGGUUUAGUAUGACAUCAUUAACUCCUCAAGGUGGAGGUGAGAUUCCAAAGACUAUACCUGGUCGAGUUAUUACCGCAGUUUGGUGGGUUUUUGGAUUUGUGAUUGUUGCUUCUUAUACUGCGAAUCUGGCUGCAUUCCUCACAGUUUCAAGAUUGGAGGUACCGAUUGAAUCACUAGAUCAACUUGCUGCUCAGUAUAAAGUUCAAUACUCUGUUAUUGAGAAUUCUAGUGCUCACACAUAUUUCCACAGAAUGGCUGAUAUUGAACGUCGAUUUUAUCAUGUUUGGAAAGACAUUACCUUGAAUGACAGCCUUAGCAAUUUGGAAAGAGCAAAACUUGCAGUGUGGGAUUAUCCGGUAAGCGACAAAUAUACAAAGAUGUAUGAGGCAAUGAAAGAAGCAAGAUUUCCGAAAACCCUUAAGGAAGCUGUAGACAGAGUAAGAAAGAUUCAUUCAACUAAUGAAUUUGCUUUGAUCGGAGAUGCAACUGACAUUAAAUACUUGACGCUUACGAAUUGCGAUUUAAAACAAGUUGGAGAGGAAUUUUCAAGAAAACCUUACGCAAUCGCCGUCCAACAAGGAUCGCCAUUGAAAGAUCAAUUUAACAAUGCGAUAUUAAUCUUGCUGAACAAAAGGAUUUUGGAAAAGUUAAAAGACAGAUGGUGGAAUCAGAAGAUCGUAAAAAGAGACUGCACCAGAGAGAAUAAUAAAAAUGAAGGCAUCAGUAUUCAAAAUAUCGGAGGAGUCUUUAUUGUCAUCUUCGUAGGUAUUACCUUGGCCUGUAUCACAUUGUUGAUUGAGUACGGUUACUAUCGAUGUUGCACUAAAGCAGGAAAAAAAACCAAACAAGUCACUGAAGCUGAUCCGAAACUUAAGUCUUUCAAACCAGUAAAAACAAUUGCUUUUACAGUUCGACCAGCUCCUACAAAGAAUUUGGAUAUUGGACCUCGAUUUAGAUCUAAAUUUUAAUUUGAAUUCAUACGCAAAUUUUACCUUUAGUAUUCUACAUAUUAUUUAAAAUUUUAAUUUCUUGCUAAACUAUAUUUUAUUUGUUAAUAUUAUUUUUUCUUACAUCCAUUCAAAUAUUAUGAUCCCUAAUUUAUAAAAACUUAUCAUUUAUAGAAUGAAAUUUAUCUUCUUCUCACACCAGGCUCCUGAUAAUGUUAGGUUUUAUAAAAAUGAACGCAAAAUCUGUAAGUUGGGUUUUAUUUGUAUCUAUUCAGAGAGUCAAAAUCCGUUUAGAACAAAAUCCUUGCUGAUCGGGUUUGCUAGAUAUUCAAGUUUAACCAUAUCAGUACAAAAUAAAGUUAACUUUUAAAUAUGUGCACGUCCACGUGAAAAGGGUCCAUUCUGUUACCAUUGGACUUAUCUAUAUGGGCGGAUUCCUUGCAAAAUUUGAAAAAUUUUGAGUAGUCAUAGAACAUUUUUGGUAAAAAAUUCAAUGAGUUACAGAAUUUCGAAGUUUAGAAUGCUGAAAUGUCCGAAAUGAUAGAAAUUUCCAACUUUUGCAAGGGACUGACAAAAUGAGCCGUUUUCUUUUUUCUAAAGAACCAAUGAAAUCAAUCUCUUAAAUUAACGAUAAAUGAAUAAAACCGCAUGAUUCGACUUGUCACAACAUGUAGAUUUAUAAUAAAAAAAAGAUUAUCCUCAAAAAUUACAACAUAGGUUUUGACGUAUCGUAAAAGCCCUAUUUGAGCAUACAUUUUGACGUAAUGUAACAAACUGGUGAAUCGAUUCACAACAUCUUUUUAAUAAAAUUUUGGAGUCGAUAUAAAAUUAACAUUUUUAAGAUCGACUAUAAUUGUCAAAACUGAAAAAGAAGUAGUUGAAUUCUCCUGACAAUAUAUUUAAAUUAAAGUUUGUUUACUUUGAAAUUCAGGAUUUUAUGUGUUUGCAUGUGCUACUAUGUGUUACUUUUUUUUAUGUUUGCAUGUGUUUUAUUCACAGAAUAAAACUGUUUAAUAUAUUAAAGGUUUACACUCUGAAUAGACACAAAUCAAACUCUACAUACAAAUUUUGCAUUCAUUUUUAUGAUCACUAAAAUUCUCAGCAGCCUGGUGUGUUCUUUAAUAUUUC